GCCUUUCCAAGUUUCCAACUACUCCAACUGUCCCAAGUCCCACCUCAAACAAUACCUCGUUGUUCAAACAAAGGGUAGAUUCACGCCCCCCUCUCCCGUUUAUUGGAAUCGGAAAGGGGAACCUCCUCCAUUUCUCAAGUCGGAGCUCGGCUCGUCCUCGUCGGUCGAUCCGGCUGCGCAAAACCACAGCUUUCUCGGCGCUCCGGUGAUCUAUUCAUCCCCCUCCCCCGGCUCGCCCUUGUCGCCGAGCGCAGGGCUGGGCGUUCCAGUGGCUGGUCGAGCUAAUCUUCGGCGAGCUUGCUUCCCUUCCCUUUGCCUUUGGGUAGGAGGAAAGGUAGUUGCGCGUCAAGAUGGGAUCGCAUAUGAUAGAGCAAGAUGGAGGGUAGGAAAGGGAGAGGAAGAUUGAGGAAUUUUGUCCGGCGGAUGGCAAUGGAGUGCCUGUGCUCCGGGGAGCAGUUAAAGAAUGCAGAUGAGACCUUCCGGUCAUCAGACUCUACGAUCACCAAAGAUUUCUCAGCCAGUGGGUAUUCGUCGCGGAAUGGGGAGGUCGAGCAGUACCUCGAUAAUGGAAACAUCGAGGAAGCCGAGUUGUCGCUCCGGGAGGGCGUCUGCCUUAACUAUGAGGAAGCAAGGGCAUUGUUAGGAAGGCUAGAGUACCAACGAGGGCAUGCAGAAGCAGCACUUCGUGUGUUUGAUGGGAUAGACAUAUCUUCAUUAGUCCCUAAGAUGAAAAUCUCAAUUGCUAGAAAAGCAGUUCGUCGUAAGACUCGUUCACAGUGGGAUUCUCCGCCAAUGCCCUUGCAUGCUGUCAGCCUACUCAUGGAGGCCAUAUAUCUGAAAGCAAGAGCACUUCAUGAUCUUGGAAAGUUCAAAGAUGCUGCACAAGAGUGCAGAACGAUACUGGAUAUUGUGGAAGCAGCAAUACCUGAAGGUUUGCCAGCAGGCUUUGGGAAGGGUUGUAAAUUGAAUGAGAUAAUAUGCAAGGCUGUAGAGUUUCUUCCCGAGCUGUGGAAAUUAGGGGGGUUUUCACUUGAAGCCAUAUCUUCAUAUAGGAGGUCUCUUCUCAAUAACUGGAAUCUUGAUGGAGAGACCAUAGCUAACAUACAAAAGGAAUUUGCUGCCUUUCUUCUGUAUAGUGGCUGUGAAGCACGCCCACCAAAUCUCCAUGCUCAGUUGGAUGGUUCAUUUGUACCACGCAAUAAUUUAGAAGAGGCGACUCUUCUUUUAAUGAUUCUGUUGAGAAAGUUCAAUCUAGGACGGGUUGAGCGGGAUCCCACUGUGAUGCAUCACCUUACUUUUGCACUGUCCAUGUCAGGCCAGCUAAAACCACUCGCUGUACAAUUUGAAGAAUUGCUACCUGGUCUGCUAGACAAAAGAGAAUGGUCGUACAAUGUUGCAUUGUGUUACCUAGCAGAAGAAGAUGAUUUUACUGCCCUGAAUCUACUCAAAAGGAUAUUGAAGUCUGGACAGGAUUCUGACAAUCUCAAAGAACUUCUCCUAGCUUCAAAGGUCUGCGUUGAGAAGAGUGCUCAUGCUGAAGGUGCUUCCUAUGCACGGAGGGCCAUCGCAAAUAUACAUGGAGGAUGCGAACAAUUAGCAGGCACUGCAGGUGUUUUGCUUGGUGUUACCCUUUCGAAUCAAGCUAGAUAUGCCAUAUCUGAUGCCGAGCGAGCUUCAUGGCAAUGUGAAGCACUUGAAGUACUUGCGAGUGCUGAAAAAAAUAUGCAUGUUAAAGAUUCUAUGGUAAUGUACAAUCUCAGCCUUGAAAAUGCUGAGCAGAGGAAGUUAGAUGCAGCGGUUUUUUAUGCCAAAAAACUUGUCAAACUAGAGGCUGGAUCAGAGUUGAGGAGUUGGCUUCUUUUAGCUAGGAUACUGAGUGCACAAAAACUGUUUGCUGACGCUGAAACCAUUGUUGAUGCUGCUCUUGAUCAGACUGGGAAAUGGAAUCAAGGAGAUCUGUUGCGGACCAAAGCCAGAAUUCAGGCUGCACAGGGGCAAUUUGGGGCCGCAGUUGGGACAUAUACCCAACUUCUUGCUUUAAUUCAACUUAGAACCAAAAGUUUCAGCCCCAGGACCUCCUUGACAAAGGGUGCUGAAGAUGAUAAAAACCUGGAAACAGAGACCUGGUAUGAUCUAGCUCUGUUGUACCUUGGCAUGUCACAGUUUAGGGAUGCAGAGGUUUGUGUAUCAAAGAUAAGAGUCGUCAAUCGUUAUUCUGCCUUGGCUUUGCAUGCUACAGGAAAACUUUAUGAAGCGAGGGGUCUUCCAAAAGAAGCUUUGGGGGCUUAUUUUCGAGCAUUAGAUCUUGAUUCUAAACAUGUUCCAAGCUUGGUAUCCGCCGCUAUUAAUCUACGACAACUUGGGGACAGACCAUUGCCUUCUGUAAGGUGCUUCCUGACUGAUGCACUGCAACUUGAUAGAACAAAUCAUGUGGCAUGGUUUAAUCUUGGCCUACUCUACAAAGAGGAAGGUGGCAGAUCAGCAGCUGAGGCUGCUGAAUGUUUCCAAGCUGCUACUCUUCUUGAAGAAACAGCACCUGUAGAACCUUUCAGAUGACAUUUAUGUACAACAGUACAGGGGCUAUAGAAACUGUAAGCUUUUGAAAUGCUUCACUUAACACCAAUGAAAUACAGUAGUAGAUUACAGAGUUCCAGACAUGACCUAAAUUAUUGAGGGAUUAUAGCAUCACCCCUGCCGUUCUUUUUUUGUUUAGCAGUUCAAUACAGUUCCACUUUGUUUUCUAUACAUCAAGAAGAAAAAUGGUCUUCUUCUCAAUUUACUUUGUGGGGCAACUUCAGUCAUUGUGAUCUACAGAUGUCGGUGUACCAGUAUAAUGUCAAUAUAUCUUGUGCUAUAGUGUUCAUAUCUGACAAAUCAUACAAGAUACAAGAUCUUCGAGGGGUUUUAAUAAUUUAGUUUUGUUAUUGUUGUCAA